AUGGACAUUGCCCGCCUUCUCUCGCCCGUCCCCGACGACGACAUCGUUGAUACCGACCGCACGCCGUCGACGCCAUCCAGCGUCUCGUCCGUGGACGACGACCACGCCCCGUCGUCCCGCACCGGACGCUGGAUGUACGAAGAGGAGCAAUUUGCGCUCGCGCUCAUCGAGUGCUUCCUCCUCGGGUGCGUUCCAGACCUCGUGCGCGGCACGUCGCUCCGCUGCUUCCUUGCGUACAAGCUCCAGUGCUCGCCGAUGCGCGUCUCCAAGAAGCUCGCGCGCUCCACCAAGCAGCUCAAGGUCGCCUCGGUGCCAAUCCCAAAAAAGCUCGGCCACCAACGCUACGCGCCGAGCGUCACCGACACGCGUCAAACACUCGCCAAGACGCAAAACAUGCAGCGCCUUGAGUUUGAGUUUUUAAACCAGCUCCGCGCCGCGAACGGCGGUCACCUCAACGCGCCGACGUCGCCGUCCUCCGACUGGUCGUACGAUGAAGAGGUGUUUGCUUGGAAGCUCAUCGACAGCUUUCAACGCGGUCACUUGUACCUGCCGCACGACAUGACGCUCGGCACGUACUUGGUCGAGCAGCUCCGGUGCAACCCGAUCCGGAUCGCACAAAAGCUCGAGUCGGGCGUUCUCGCGGGACAGGCAGUGCACCCGUCCAUCUUGAGCAGCCUCGGCUACUGCCGGCGAGAUGUUGUCGACCGAUCGGCGCCGUUCCUGGUGUAG